GCAUUUCAAUUGAGCACUUUCCAGCACUUUAAUUGCUGUCAGCAGUAGCACAAAAAAGCCGCAGCUAAAUUAAUAUUUAGAAGAACUAUUGGAAUCAUGUCUACUUUGGAUUUGUGUGAAAAGUACUUUGAUACGCGUGAUGUUUACAAGCUGCUGGGCAUAGCCAAGGAUGCCGCCGAGAAGGACAUCAAGAAGGCCUAUCACAAGAUAUCGCUGCUAGUGCAUCCCGAUCGAGUUCCUGAGGCGCAAAAAGAAGAAUCCACCGAAAAAUUUAAAGUGCUCUCGAAGAUUUAUCAAGUGCUGACUGACCCACAAAAGCGGGGCCUGUACGACGAACAGGGUAUCAUCGACGACGAUGACGAGGGCAAACUGUCCAACUGGAUGGAGCUGUGGGAGAAGAUCUUCAAGCCAAUUACCGAACAAGAUAUCACAAACUUUGAGCGCGAAUAUAUUGGCUCCGACAUGGAAUUGCGUGAUAUUAAGAUGGCCUAUUUGGGCGGCAAAGGUUGCAUUAACUAUAUGAUGAAUCAUGUGCCGUUUAUGGGCGUGGAAGAUGAGCCACGCAUCAAAGAAGUCGUUGCUGGACUCAUUGCUAGCGAGGAUGUGCCCGAGUAUAAAAUAUUCACUGAGGAACCGGCCGCAAAGCGUAAUAAACGACAUCGUAAAUAUGCAAGAGAAUCGGAGGAGGCAAAAAUAAUCAAGGAGCGGCGGGAGCGUCGUCAACAGAAGGAUGCCGAAGCGGCUCAAGAAUCUGGUGGCAGUUUGGAGCAAAUGAUUUUGGCGCGUCGCAAUCAACGCGAGGGCAACUAUAAUUCUCUGAUGGAUCGUUUGUUGGAGAAAUAUGGUGGCGAGGACGAUUCGGAUACGGUCGAAUUUAGCGCCUAUGACAAGAAAAAGAAGCUCAAGGUUAAAACACAGUCGAAAAACAAGAAAAACGCUGUCAAAAAUGGACGCGUAAAGAAACAAAAGUCCUAGUUUUAUAUACAUAUAUAUACUUUACAUACAUAUUAUUGGUAAAUUUUUGUACUCAUAGUUUCUAUAUAUGUUUUAUGGUAUCGGUACUUCAAAUUUAAACCAGAAGCGUUUUAUAUUAUUUGUUCAUUAUUUACAUUUAACAGUAUUAUGCCGGAUUUGUAUGCAUAUCGACUUACUCCAUGGACAAUUGGCGCCAAAUUCAAAUAUUACAUUUUUCUGUUUCA